GUGAAUGAGUUUCAUUUCACCACGCAACUGUAAGGACGGAGAGAACUUCAGGAACGUUUCAGCAUGUUUCUCUUUUAAACUGUUCAUGGGAAUUAACUGCUAUGAACUGAAACUCUUCCUUAAACCAAUCAAGCAGUAGAUCAAUGUGAAGUAACGCAUAAGCCAGUUGAAUCCUGAGUCGAUUUUUUGCACUGAAUGUAGUACGUUAGAGGAAAUGGCUGUGGAAAGCAUGACUGUCCAUCCAAACUCCCCAACAGCCAACCACGAACACAACAGCCUUCUCACUGACGAAAGGCGAGAGGAUGGAGAGUUGGAGGAGGGAGAGCUUGAGGAUGAUGGAGGAGAGGUGGAGGUGCCCAGUGCUGAGGGACUGGAGCAUGAAGAGAAGCCCCGACGCAGCAAGGAGCGCCAUGAAAGUGCCUCAGAUGAUGAGAAGGCCCAUCGUCGCAAGAAGAAGAGAAAAAGGGAGAGAGAGCGAGAGAAGGAGAAAAGGCGGUCCAAAAAGAAGCGGAAAUCGAAACACAAGCGUCAUGCCUCCUCCAGUGAUGAUCACUCAGACUACAGUGAUGAUUCUGACUAUAGUCCCAGUGAGAAGCGAAAGUAUCGGGAAUACAGCCCUCAGUACCCACCCACAUCUCAUGGAGGCUACCCUCCUUCUCCCUCGGGACAUGGAGGACCAAUGGGAAAGAAAGGCAGCUACAUGUCAAGCAGGGACAAACAGGGCUAUGGUGGCUAUGAUGAGUAUGAUGAUGAGAACUAUGAGGGCGAGGAGGACGAGGACAUGGGUGAUGAUGACUAUGAUGAUUUCACCAAGGAGCUUAAUCAGUACCGCAAGGCCAAAGAGGGUGGAGGUGGAUUGGGCAACCAGCGUGGAAGAGGUGGUAAAGGCCGGAUAAAGAAUAUGAGGGGCCGUGGCAGAGGAGGGAUGAGGGGUCGUGGGGGCAGAGGAGGAAGCCGAGGAAGAGGAAGAGGCAAGAUGGGAGAGAAUGAUGACGGGGAUGGCAUGUACGGAGAUGAUAUGGAGUAUGGUGACGACGACUAUGAUAACAUGGGGGAUGAUGAUUAUGAUGAUUACUCAAAAGAACUGAACCAGUACAGGAAAUCCAAGGACAGAGGGCGUGGUUGUAAAGGUUUGCGAGGUCGUGGGAGGGGUAAAGGGGGUCGAGGCAUGAACCGGGGCAGAGGUAGGAAUCGAGGGAGGGGCCGUGGAGGAGAUCAAGGAUACGAUGAAGACAACGACGGAGAUAUGGACAUGGGGGAUGGAGGAGGUGGUCCAAGGAAGCAUGACCAGGACAAGCAGGGGAAGGAGGGGAAGGAAUGGAAGGCCAAGACCAUCUGCAAAUACUACAUUGAGGGUCGUUGUACCUGGGGGGAGCACUGCAACUUCAGUCAUGACAUUGAGUUGCCUAAGAAGAAAGAGCUCUGCAAGUUCUACAUCACUGGCUACUGUGCUCGGGCUGAAAAUUGUCCCUACAUGCAUGGCGACUUCCCAUGUAAGCUGUUUCACACUACAGGCAAUUGUGUGAAUGGAGAUGACUGUAUGUUCUCUCACGAACCUCUGACAGAGGACACACAAGAACUCUUGGACAAGAUGCUGGCUGAGGAUGCUGAGGCUGGUGCUGAGGAUGAGAAGGAAGUGGAGGAGCUAAAAAAGCAAGGCAUCAAUCCCCUUCCUAAACCCCCUCCUGGUGUCGGCCUCCUCCCUACACCCCCAAGGCCUGGCCCGACUGAUUCUUCUGCUCCAGGAGACUUUGGGAUGCCUGGGCCAAUACAAGGCAAUGUGCCUCCUAAUGGUCCUCCAUGCCCUGGACCUGGCUCUGGGCCUGUAGCUGGGCCAUGCCCUGGUCCCCCUCCUCCUUGUCCAGAUGGAGCAUCUUUCCCAGGAUCACCAACCUCCGGUGUUCCACCUCAACCACCCAUGGGUCCACCACCUCCUUGUGGUGGUAAUGCGGGGAAGAAAAUCCCGUCCUUGUUUGAAAUUGUGGUGAAACCCACUGGACAGCUGGCGCAGAAACUGGGUGUCAGAGGCCCAAAUCCUGGCACUGCUGCAGCUGGCACUGCAGGACCUCAGGGCCCCCCUGCAGGACCUCCACCUCGUUUCCCUGGUCCACCACCGCCGGGACAUGUGGGUCCAAAUGGUCCACAUGAAAUGCCACCCAUGGGCCCACCAAACAUGAGCCAAGGUCCCCCCAUGAUGCAGAACUUUGCUCCAGGAGAAGGGCCUCCAAACCAGGCUAUGAUGCCCCCUGGGGGUCGCAGUUUUUAUGACAAUUUCUACCAGCAGCAGCAAAGCAUGGGAAUAGAAGGAGAAGAAGAGGGUGAUGGCUACCAGGGAGCAGCUGGUGGAGGCUUCAGUGACCAGUCCCCAGGGAAUCAGAGCUCUGGGAACAUGGAGGGAGCAGCCAAUGGAGGGGCAUCUAAUCAGUCCACAUUGACGGUUCCAGACUUCCUGCCUCCAGCACAGCGUGUGCUUUUCAUGAGGAUCCAACAGAAGCAGCAGGAAGAGGAGGAGAGGGCCAGGAGACUAGCUGAAGGAGGGAUUGAAAGAGACAAUGAAGGAGAUUCAGCCAAUUGGUAUUCUAGUGAAGAUGAAGACGGAGGUGGAAGUGUCACAUCGAUUUUAAAAACCUUACGACAGCAAAGCCAAGCCCAGGGUCCCCCAAAGCCUGAGGGGGCUCCCACUGACCCCCGGUUGCAGAAAGCCCAUGCUGUGCAGGCCUCCAGCCGACCAGCAGAUCCCAGGCUCGCACGUGACCCACGCUUAUGCCGCAACACUGACUCCUCCCAAACCCCAGAGCACAAUCCCUCCUCCUCUCCAUCUUCCUCCGCACCUGCAGACCCCCGCCUCGCCCGCCAGGCCGUCACUAAAUCGGAACCUCCGCUUGUGUAUAAACCCCCACCACUGGUCCCUGCUGCUACUGAGGAGGAGGAGGGAGAGAGAGUCCUAAGGGACAAGCCUGUCCCUAUCCCUCUGGAUCCUUUAAUGGGUAUGGCUCUGCGGGACCCCCGCUCCCAGCUUCAGCAGUUUAGCCACAUCAAGAAAGAUCUAGUACUGAAUAAGCCUUCUUUCGCUAAGGCAGUGUUGUGGAGUCCUGAGGACCUCAUCCCGAUCCCCAUCCCUAAGCAGGACUUCCUCCCAUUGCCCCCUGGCAUCCCACCGGUCUCUGCCAUGGACCAUCGUCUGUCCCGUGCCCAGCAACAGCUCCACACAGCUCCACCUGCUUCCCUGCCUAGUUCCGUGCCCCCUGCUGAGCAGCCUGGUCAGUCUUCAUCUUCCCUCCCAGACUUUAAGCUGCUCUCUCGUAUCCUUAAGACUGUAAAUGCCACCUCUUCUGGCCCUUCUCAAGUCGUGCCGCCCAUGGCCCCUGUAUCAGUUCCUGCCGAGAAGCCAGUAGACCCUCGUAUGGCACGCAAGGCUGUCACUGACCCCCGCCUCCAGCCACAAAAAUCUGCCCUGAAGCAGCCCUCGGAACCUCCAGUCCCACAGGUCUCUGGAUCAUCUGGCCCUUCUGCUCCAACUUCGCCAACUCCCACAAUAGCACCCUAUGACCCGCGCCUGUUGUCAGCAGGAGGUGCAGGCAGAGGAGUUGGAUCAGGCAAUUCAGGUGCUGGCAGCAGCGUCCUGAGCAGCAUCAGUCUGUAUGAUCCACGGACACAGAGUUCAGACAAAUCCGAGAGUUCAGAAGCUGCCUCCCCUGCCCCCGAAUCCAAACCCAGUGACAGUGCAGCUGCUUCAGCCAAACCAAAGGCCAAGGAGCCUCUGUUUGUCCGCAAGUCUGCUCUGGACCAGCCAGAACCAGAGAAAAAUAGCGGGGAGCCAACCACUGACCGUUACAAUAGCUAUAACCGACCGCGGCCCAAACCUUCACCCUCCCCCAGUGCGGGAGCCACAGGUGGAGCCCCUGCAGCUGGAGGGCCCACCCAAACUGGACAAGGUCCCACUGGAGCUGCAGAGCAGCCAGCAGGUGUCCACAACCUGCCUGUGUCCACGCUCUUCAGCAUGGUGAAGCAGGCAAGUAAGCCCAGCGGCUCUGGCAGCCCUUUUGGAGGUAACAGCCCCGCACAGCCAGACACUGCGGAGCAGGACAAUGCCUCUCUUAAAGAUGUUUUUAAAGGCUUUGACCCCACAGCCUCACCUUUCUGUCAGUGAACUCAUACACACAGCUCCAACACUGGGGCAGCGUGGACCUGUGGAGCAUUUGGCUUUGGUGAUGCCCUGUGCGCAAGGAGAGCACCCCCUGCCAUGUCACACAUUUUGCCACAGUAUUGACAAGAGAAAUUUCUAUGAACCAGGGUUUCGGUUGGGAGGUCAUAUGUCAAGCUUAUAUGAUUAGGAAAGAAGAAAAAUAUAAAUAUAUGUCUAUUUUAAAACCAAAUCUGAAAACAUUUAAGAUGUAUUCAUUUUAAAUCCUUCUCAAAGUGGAAGAAUAAAUUUGGGCUUUUGAAAGGAGACAUAUUUUCAUUAGCAUGCAGGUUACGGUCUAUAGGCUCUGAUUUAGUUCAUUAAUGACCCGAGCACCCUCCCAUUGAAAAACUGCCUGUCUAGUCUGUCAGCCCCUGCGCUCUGACAAACCCCAAAUGGCGUGGCCUGAAGAAUCUUAUCUUUGAGCAGAGGGCGCAGGCAGGUCAGGAUCCCUUUCUCCUCAUACUGUCAGUUUUGCACCAGGACAAAUUGAUGUGAAUAUUUACUGCCACUCCCUUGCUUUAAGUGGACAGUGUCAGCAGCCUUGUGUUCCUGCUUCUCGUCCCUUGUCAGUGAUUUAAAUUCUUUUAGCUCUGUUUUAGCUAUCCCCCUAUCUGCACCCAGUUUAGUCUAGUUUAGGCCCUCGUUUUGUUUCUCUCUCUAGUUUUUUUUUUUAUGUCUGUUUAUGGGCACCUUUCUUAUGGUUGGGGCUCUCAGCCUCCCACGCCGAGUAACAAAACUGCAUAACUGAAACCUACAUCUGUUAAGUGUUUGUCAUGUGAAAUUGUUUUAAUUUAUUUUUUUAUACUUAUGAGAAAUCUGCUCUUUUUUUCUUUGUCACAUGGCAGUAGAAUCGAAUCAUUAUAUAUACAUAUGUGUACAGUAUAUAAAUAUAUAUAUUUUCCCAUUGCGUUGUAAAUGGAUUUGAGAUGUGUGACAGCGAAAAGGGCACAGAAGGCUGUGUAAUGCUUUUGUCUCUCAGCAAAAGAACACAUUUGUUUCCAUCUUGCCCUGAAACGUGAUUUUCAUGAGGACUGCAUAAGAGAAUCAGCUUUUUCUUUUGUUUGUGUUUUGUUUGGGUUUAUCCUGGCAAAAGACUGCUUUGUAUAUUGAAAAGUGUCCAUAUUCAACAAGAGGUAACAUUUUGUAACCAUUCAGUGUAGGUAAGGUUGUGAAGUAUUUAAUAAAGGCAAUACCAGAUUGAACGUGA